GGCAGCGGCGUGCGGCAGCAGGAAGCCAUCCUACUGGUCCUGCCCUUCGUGGUGUCGUUCCUCAACACACUGAUGCCCCACCUGUACAGCCUCCUGGCUCGGUGGGAGAGGCAGGACUCCCCCGUGGCACAGGUCUACGUGGCAAUCUGCAGGAACCUCAUUCUGAAGAUGGUGGUCCUUGGUCUGCUCUGCUACCAGUGGCUCAGCCGGAGAGUUGUCUGCUCGGCAGAAGAGUGCUGGGAGACAUGUGUGGGGCAGGACCUGUAUCGCUUCGUGGUGAUGGAUUUCAUAUUCACCCUGCUGGACAUGCUCUUCGGGGAGCUGGUCUGGAGGCUGAUCUUGGAGAAGAGGCUGAAGAGGAAGCAGAAGCCCGAGUUUGACAUCGCCCGGAACGUGCUGGAGCUGAUCUACGGGCAGACCCUGACGUGGCUGGGUGUUCUCUUUGCGCCGCUCCUGCCAGCCGUGCAGACGCUGAAGCUGCUGCUGCUCUUCUAUAUCAAAAAGACCAGCCUGAUGCAGAACUGCCAGUCCCCCAGCAAGCCCUGGCAAGCAUCUCACAUGAGCACCAUCUUCAUCACCCUGCUGUGCUUCCCCUCCUUCCUGGGUGCAGCCGUCUUCCUCUCCUACACCAUCUGGUCGGUGCAGCCGUCAGAAACCUGUGGUCCCUUCCAAGGGCUGGAAACCAUCUACAAGUCAGGGAAGACCUGGGUACAGGUGCUAGAGAAGUCCAACCCAAACAUCACCUGGUUCACGUGGAUCCUCCAGCACGUGGUGGAGAACACCUUCCUCCUGUUUUUCCUGUCCGGAGUCCUGCUAGCUGUGACCUACUUCAACAUCCAGGUGGUUAGAGGCCAGCAGAGGAUCAUCCGCCUGCUCAAGGAGCAGAUUGCCAACGAGGGGGAAGAUAAAAGAUUUCUCAUUCAGAAGCUUCACUCCGUUUAUGAGCAGAGAGAGAGACGCGCCUGA